UUGGACGUCAGUGCGGACGCCUUGGGGCUGGUGGGCUUAUCCUUCCGUCUAGACAGCGACGGUUGUAAGCACAGACGUAGACAUGUCUCACUGGCGAACAGUCACAGUCGCAGCAUUGACUUCAUUGUUAUGUGGUGCCGAGCGGCCAGUGGUCCGCACGUCUUACGGGCCAGUCGAAGGCGUACGUUUGUCUCACCAAGGAAAACACGUGGACGGUUUCUUCGGAAUUCCCUUUGCUCAGCCUCCGGUAGGUGAACUCAGAUUUCGAAAGCCAUUGCCCGCGAAGCCUUGGAAGAACGUGCGAGAUGCCAGUCAGUUUAAGCCGGCAUGUAUGCAAACCAACCAUCGUCUGAACCGCGAAGUUCUGCUCAACUACACCACUUCCUCGUCAGAGGACUGUUUGCACAUAAACGUUUGGAGACCGAGCUGCGUAACUGAAAACGCCUGCGACUAUCAGGCUCCGCUGCUGCCUGUCGUACUGUUCAUCUACGGCGGCGCCUUCCAAUGGGGCGACGCGUCUGCCUUCUACAACGAUGGCCUUGCAUUCGCGUCAGUAAACGAAGUUGUUUUUGUGAACUUCAAUUAUCGUAUGAACGUGUUCGGAUUUCUCAGCGACUGGUCACCCGAUGCGCCUGGCAACCUGGCUUUUUGGGACCAACUGCUCGCUAUGCAGUGGGUGCGACGGAGCAUUUCUGCUUUUGGCGGUGACCCAUUGCUCGUUACACUGUACGGCCAGAGUUCGGGAUCAAUGUCCGCCGGGGUCCACGUCUUGUCUCCACUCAGCAAAGGGCUCUUCAAGAGGUGCAUCUUCGAAAGCGGCACAGCGUUAUCUCUGAUAACAUUUCAGCGUCGCAACCAAAUGAGCUUUUUCACCAACUUUGCGGGACAACUGAAUUGCACCGAUCGUGCGAGCAACACGUCGGCGAUGUUGGAAUGCAUGCGGAAAGUAAACCCCCGAGAAGUGAUACACAGGCUUGGAACAGUGGGCCAACUGACGAGCAUGUUCUUUCCAAUAUCAGGAGAUGUGUUCGUGCCGGAGUAUCCGAUUGAUUUCGACAAUGUUGACUGCAUAAAUGGAGAAGAGAUGCUUAUGGGCACUACGCUCGACGAAGGCACCGUGUUCUUCUAUCAUCCCAUUGAAAGGCUUCGGAACUUGGAACCAGCUCUGUACGACUACUACGAAGGGGCUACGGCCAUAGUGUUGAGCACAUCCUUUUCUAUUCCCCUCUCAACGGCGCGUCAAUACAUCUCUUCUUUAUUUGACAAUUCUACAAAUGACCUCAGCGUUGACGAAGUACUACGCACGCUCAGCCACUCAUUCGGAGAUCCCGUGUUCGUGUGCAGCACGAACUUAUGGGGGGAGCAGCUGGCCAAGCGAGGACACUCCAUCUAUCGCUAUGUUUAUAGUCAACGCAUGCCACUUAGCGUCUGGGACGAGUGGAUGGGCGUGGUGCACACUGACGACUUGCCUUACAUGCUAGGUUCUGUGGCGACAUUUAAGGCGAACUUACGCUCACAGCGAUGGAAUUACUUGCCGGAUUGGUUCAGAAACUACAACGUCACUUCCGCUGAGCUUACGUUCAGCACGAACUUGGUGAAAUCCCUCGGCGCAUUUGUAAAAACGGGGAGGCCAAAGAUUCCCCUGUCGGACGCUGAGUGGCCCAAGUACACGGCCGAAAACCCGGAGUUCGUGUACCUGCAGCCCAGCAACUACACCCGAGGCUUCGGCCCUAAGAAGGAGCGCUGCGAAUAUUGGAGACCAUUUCUUCUCAAGCAGAGUAAAGGCGCAUCGGCCGAGCAGUCAUCGUUGCAGUCCGAUACGUCGUCCACAGGGUCACCACAACCCGCCAAGUCAACACGGUCGGUCGCACCAGAGGCCGCUCCCAAGAGUGACGUCAGACUGGAGCUGUAUUCUAGCUCGUACACUCUCGAGCCUUCCACCGUGCUAUUCACCCUCUUCGCUUUCAUCAUAUGGAUUUGCAUGGGGUAGUUAGAUCCCUUGGUAGAGCCGGACAUCGUUUUUUUUAGUCAAGUACUAUAGGGUCUACAAUCAUCGUCUACGACAUCAAAUUCACCAUUUUCAUUUUUGUUUUGCUAAACCAACAAUACAGUGAGACAGCAUGUCGCAGUUUGCAAAAGAUACUAUUUGCCCUUACUAGUGCACAAAAAACUCCAUUUAGCGAGUUUUCCCACAAUUAAUAGGAGUAUGCCGAUGUAGUGUUUAAACAAUUCAGGAAGGUUGAGGUUUAUUCAUCAUUCAAAUUCGAACUUUUUCUGUUGGCUGCAAACACAAAAGUGUUAACUAUGGCAUGGAGGUAAGUAGUGAGAUGAGAGAAAGUAUAAAUGGAAGUAGAGUCAGGUAAACUACGUAGUUUGCCACCUUUCUCAUGGAAAAUGUGAUAGAUGAGUGGAAUAGAAAGAAAGAGAGUGAAUGAGUGAAUAAUACGUGAGAGUGAAAAUGUUAAGCACGAGUCGCAUGCCUCAGUGCGCUUACAGUGAAUCAAUUGCCUCACUGAUUAUCUCGAAGAAGCAGUUGUUUCUUCCGGAUAUAUUUAUCAAUUUGAAAAGCGAAUCAAAAGAAGGAAUAUAUAGGCCUUAUUGUGCAUACAUUUGUCUCUGACAGAUGCGCAAAGCGUGGACUGACUGUGACACUAAACACUUUCCUAAAGUCUUACUCUAGAUCAACAUAAAACACUCGGCUGAAAAUUGAACUCACUAUUCCACAAAACUCGAAACAGUAUGACAACACACGGUCCAAAGCGCUAGCAGAGUUCAAGAACGCCGAAAUAAACGACUUGGCAGUGGCUGUGGUCCCCAGAAAUGACGCAGCGAACAAUUCAGGUAAAGACGAGACGUCGACGUGCAACUGCUGUACCGGAUAGUCUCUCCCCAUGACUGCAGAUUCGACGAAGCAACUAUAAUAUUUGCUGGCUCACUGUUUUCAUAGGUUCUCACUUCGUGGGUUUUGAUUGUACCAUCACUUGUAAAUAAAGCACAUUUCUUUCGCUACUACCUA